CUAUAAUAUCAAUCCAAAAGCUCCUCUCACAUCCCAGUCCUCACCGCUCACCAACAACCCAAACAAGACGCGGGCAAUGUCAGACCUGUACGAGCAGCGCAUGCCGCGCUGCGAAGCUGAGGCCGAGAGACUCGACGAGCAAUACUCCCUGCAUGGAGCCAACCUCGGCUACGACCUGCAUCCCAGCGUCGAGCAAGAGCUCCCCGCAGACGCACGCAUCGCCGACAUAGCCACCGGCACGGGCAUCUUCCUGCGGCGAAUCGCACCCAGCUUCCCGGACGCGGUCCUCCACGGCUACGACAUUUCCGCCACUCUAUACCCGCCCAAGUCCGCCCUCGCGCCCAACAUCGACCUCCAAGUCCUCGACGCUAAGCAGCCGAUCCCCCUCCACCUGCAGGGGCAGUACGAUGUGGUCCACGUCCGCAAUAUCUCCAUGGGCCUGAUGCCGGACGAAUGGCCGGCGCUGGUGGCCAACCUGGUCACACUGCUCAAGCCCGGCGGCGUGCUGCAAUGGGUGGAAUGCGACGCGUUGCACGUGCAGCAUCUCGGAUCCAGCCAGGGCUCGACCACCGCGGCUCUGGAGACGAUGUAUGGCAUGAAUCGCGCCCUGGUCAAAUCGCGGUUCGAGGGGGGCUGGACCACCUUGCCGGGGAUCCUGGAGCGACUGAGACUAGUGGAUGUCAAACAUCACACCGUGGGCACGGAUCGGGUGGCCUGGACGCGGUCCAAGCUGACCGCUAAUAGUAUGAUCUUUGCUUUUCUGUCUGCACGCGCGGGGAAGGCGGGAGAUGGGCCUGCGUUGAGUGGGAAGGAGAUUGAUCGGUUGGAAGAGCAGGUGAGGAUGGAUAUCGAGUCCGGGGGCUAUUUGCGGUAUGAUAUUCAUUGCUUUCUGGCUGCUAAGCCGCAUCUUAACUAGAUAUGGGAAGAGGUCAAUGCAUUGCUUGCCCUUUUGGGCGUGCUAGACUUUUCCUCCAUCCAAUGCCGGUAGACCGAGUGUUUAGUUUUGUCUUAACCGGCGAUUUGCAGUUGCAGUCAGCAAGUCGACUGGCUGUAGAGCUUUCCCACAGCGGCUCUCGAAUCUGGUAUAAUGCAAGUCAUUCCCAGAGGCAAUCAGCAGGUAAGGGCGAGGUUCGGUUGUUCAAAUCGCCCGUUUAGGCCACAAGGUGUUAAUUGGCAAAGAGACAAUACCAUACCAGUUACUGCAAGGGGACUGGGU